AUGGAGAUUGAGUCCAUGGUAGCAAACACUGCACUGAUCAAAGCUAGAGAAGGCAGUUGUGGCAAACACAAGGGAAGAAGCAGGAGAUGGAAAGAGUUUCUGCGUUUCCCCCAUAUUAACCAGUGUGCUGAGCUGGAGAACAGCAUUGAACGGGACUACUACAGCUUGUGUGUACAACAGCCUAUUGGAAAGGCUCUAUUCCGCAUGUUCUGCGAGACUAAGCCACACCUCAAAUGCUGCAUUAACUUCUUGGAUGCAACGGAAAAGCAUGAAGUGACACCAGAUGAGAACCUGAUGAGUCAUGGCCAAGAAAUUAUUGCAAAGUAUUUCAACCAAAAGUCUCUUAACUAUAUACAGGAGAUACCAUACAUCUACCAGAAACUCUGUAAACAGAACCUAGACUUGAACAUCUUCAACAAUGUCUUCACUGACUGCCAAAAAGCAGUCCAUGACUAUCUGAGUGGAGACCCGUUUAAAGAUUACCAGGACAGCAUGUAUUUUGACCGAUUUCUGCAAUGGAAGAUGGUGGAAAGGAGGCCAGUGACAAGAGACACAUUUAGAGAAUACCGGGUCUUAGGGAAGGGAGGGUUUGGUGAGGUAUGCGCUUGCCAAUCACGGGCGUCUGGCAAAAUGUAUGCCUGUAAGAAACUGGAGAAGAAGCGCCUUAAAAAGCAAAAAGGCGAAAUCAUGGCUCUCAACGAGAAGCAGAUCCUAGAGAAGGUCAACAGCAGAUUUGUGGUCAGUUUAGCCUAUGCAUACGAGACCAAGGAGGUGCUUUGUCUGGUGCUGACUCUAAUGAAUGGAGGAGACCUGAAGUUCCACAUAUAUAACAUGGGCAGCCCAGGAUUUAGCAAAGAGAGGGUCCAGUUUUAUGCUGCACAGAUCCUGUGUGGUCUAGACCACCUUCACCAGAACUCCAUUGUUAACAGGGAUUUAAAGCCAGAAAACAUUCUUUUGGAUGAUAAUGGGCACAUCCGGAUCUCUGACCUCGGGCUAGCAGUCAUCUUACCUGAAAGGCGGGUUGUUUCAGGCAGGGUGGGAACAGCAGGUUAUAUGGCUCCAGAGGUCAUCAAUGAUGAGUGCUACAGCAACAGUCCUGACUGGUGGGGUCUGGGGUGUCUCAUUUAUGAGAUGACCACCGCGAGUCCCCCGUUCCGUGACCCUAACGAACGUGUGCACAGGAAGGAGCUGGAGAGGAGAGUGAUGCAGUCAUCGGAGCGUUAUGGUCCCCAGUUCACGAAGGAAACCAAAGCCAUCUGCGAGACACUUUUAGCCAAAAAUCCAAAGGAGAGACUGGGGUGCCAAGGUGGCGGUGCAUCAGCUGUGAAAGCACACGUGUUCUUCAGGGGCAUCAACUUCAGGCUGAUGGAAGCCGGAAUGUUGGCACCCCCGUUUAGGCCAGAUCCAAGAGCUGUUUAUUGCCAAGAUGUUUUGGACAUUGACCAGUUCUCUAUGGUCAAAGGAGUGAUUCUCGAUGAAGUGGACUAUGACUUCUAUGUUAAGUUCAACACAGGGAGCAUAGCCAUCCCUUGGCAAAAUGAGAUGAUCGAGACUGAAUGCUUUAAGGACCUGAAUGUAUUCGGUCCUAGAGGCACAAGGACGCCUGACCUUGACCGAGAGUUUCAACCUCGACAAAGUCUCGAACAGCGCAACAAGAGCCUGAACCCAGAGUCCUAUAGACACAGGCUGAUUAAUAAAAUCUUCAAAAAACAAGUAAGGAACCUUUGCUUUACAUUUUCAGCAUUUCACAGACACUCUUAUACAGAACAGCUUACAUACAAUUAUCAGUAUGGCACGUGUGCUCCCUGGAAAUCCAACCCGUCCCACUGGUGCACCUUGUGCUACAUACUGCAUUAGGUUAGUCACGAGAGCACGCCACAAUGUACGUACAUAGUGUGAAUACUUUUCUAAAAUUAGAUACAUUUUUUUGUAAAAUAUGUGGCCGUCCUGUUGCGGAAAGAUUAGUAUGUUACUCUUACCUGUCAGAAAGGCUAAGCUCCUCCCACACACUCUGCAUUCUCAUACUCAGUCAAAUAUACAUCAUUUGAUUCUCUGAUGGUUCUUCUAAGCUGUGGUGUCAAACUGAAAUGUCUAUAGUAAUGUUUGUACAUGUGGAUCUGUACUGUACAUGUAGUGUACUGACAACAAAGAGAGACUGAUUUAAGCUCUUAGAGAAAGAGCAUAAAUCAGGGCCUCAACUCAUUAGAGCUUCCCAGUGACAUCCAAGACCACCUCUUGUACAAUCACGUGUUCGUUCUAAAUAUAUCGAAACAGGCAUUAUGUCCAAGUUUUAUUUUAAUCCUGAUAGAAAAGCUACAGCUCUGUCAGCACCUGUGAAUGAGUCUGAAGUGGUGCCAGAACUUCAGUACUCUCAUCAGUAGUAGACGUGUGCCUGUAGCCGGUUGGACGUCUGUUGCAGCAGACUGGAAACCAUUUUCCAACCAUUUCACUACGGGUUAUACUGUGUAUGACUAUGUAUGUGACAAACCAAACUUGAAACUUGAAAUGAACUGGAAUCUGAGGACCAGACUAAGACUAUUCUUAGCUAUUAAUAAGCCAAUUUGUUUUUAAUAGUUGAAAAUAUCUAACUGCUUUAAUAUAAGUCUAGGUUAGUAUCAUGCAAAAAUUGAAUUCUUUAUAUUUUUCAUGGAUCUUUAAAUAUGGAAAUGUAUUCUGUCAGUGACUGAAAUAUGUCAAGAGAAUUCAAGCCAACUGAUGGCUCUACAGAAAUGUUUUUGUUUUUUUCCUGCCUCAGGGGCCAGAGCGGAGAACCAGUUCAAACCACAGGCCCGACGAGCUUCGAACCAAAUUACUAGAGUGUACCUUUGACGGCUCAUAAACCUGAAGUACACAAUGAUGAAGAAGCUUGUGUAUGUGGACCGCCAUACUCACUUUACACGGGUGACUGUUUAAGGGUCGUGAUAGGAAACGCAGAAAUGUGAAGUAACUUCCGCAGCUGUGACUUACUUAAAGCUUCGUUAUUCUGUUGUAAAUGUACGACUGAAAUUGUCAAACCAACAAGCCUUAGAAAACACUGCAAUACCAAUUCUGCUCCUACUCCAAAAAAUCUUACAUGAGUAAAGACAAUGGCACAGAAAAAAACCUUUACGUAGUUUACUGUAACACUCACUAUGAACUGUUAAACAUCACAUUUAGAUUCUAAGUACACGGACGUCUUGCUAAGCAGUACUCAAACUGGUUAAACCAUCCACAAUAUAGUUCUAGGGUUUUGGUUAUGGCAGCCAUGUCCAAAUCCCAGAAAUUCCCUGUAAAGCAGAGUUCAGCUCCAUCUCUAAUCCAU